AUAAAAGGUGAUGAUUUGCGCGAAAGAAGAAAAUACAGCAAAAGUGAAUCAACUCUGCGUGUGUUGAAAGAGAAAACAAUGUGAUAAGAUAACAAAUUUUUCGUCUAUUUUUCCCCAACUUAGAAAACGUCGACAGAGGGGCUAGCAAGUUAAUUGUUCCGGAGUAAUUUUACACAGUUAUGUAUUUUUUUUUUGAAUAUUUUAGCACCCAUUGACCUUUCUGGGAAAAUUCAUCAACGCGCGUAUUUAGCAGAAGGUGCUAAAAUUUUAUUCAAAUAAACAAAGAACUAAACGACACAAAGCUUAGUCUCCUGGAGUCAGUCUGAUGUGAUCGUGCGCACGGUUAAAUUGUGCGCGGGAAGAAUUUUUUUCCUUCUUCUCUAAAUUGUGUGUGGAGACAAUGACUUUCCUGGGUAAUUGGCAGAAGACAACAAAGUCCCUUAGUGAGCGAUAUGCUCAUCUCCUUGGGAAGGAUCUAAUGGCAGACAUGGUAUUCCUCGUGGGUGCCAAUGAGGUUCGCAUUCCCGGUCAUAGGCUCGUCCUUGCCGUCAACAGUCAUGACUUCUACAAUGCCCUGUAUCGCCUUCGUCCAGAUCGGAUGGAAUUGCGUAUUGAGGAUGUUUCCGUUGGUGUAUUUAUGCGCUUCUUGGAGUACUGCUACACGGGUCACGUGAACAUGGAAAUGGACAAAGUGUUCGACGUGCUGAAAUUGGCGAUGCGCUACGAGAUGCGUCACCUGGAAGGUGUUUGUGUGAAUUUUGUGGCACGUCACCUGAAGACAGCAAACUGCCUGAGAUUCCUCAAUAAAAGCUGGAAUCUCAAUUGCCUGCGCCUCAUUCACAAAUGCCAGGAGCAUUUGGCUGAAAAUUUCUGUGAUGUCCUCAGCAAUAAUCGUCUUGCCAUUGACUUCCCAGAACUCCCUCAUGGUGCUGUGAAGUGGAUUGUGGAACUUGAGACGCUGCAGUGCGACGAGAAAUCCCUCUUUGAUGCCGUAAUGCUGUGGGCACGUCGUGAAUGCACGCGCAAUGGUAUGGGGAUGACACCACAGAAUAUGCGUACAGCACUUGGUGAUAUUCUCUAUCAGAUUCGCUUUCCAACAAUGACAAAUCAGGAAUUUUCAGAGUGUACCCGAAAGUACCCUGAACUCCUUUCAGCGGAUGAAAUGACCAAGAUCACGGUAUUCAGCAAUGUUCCAGCUGCUAAGGUGCGCUUCAAUAAAAAUCCACGUCUCGAGGCCACAUUCACAUCUCUCUACAUUGACAAUGGUAUCCAGGAAGUGGCUACAAUAAGACGCAUUACAAAAGGCCAUCGUGUAUACGAUGAUCACAAUCGUCAUGGGAUUCGUCUCACAAGUUCAAGACGAAUUAAUAUUUAUGGAUUUGGCAUCAUUGCCAAGGAGGGCAAAUCAAUCUAUGGCAAAUGUUCCGUGUGGGAUGCUGAAUUUUGCUUCCAAUUCCCCGACUUGAAGCCCGACAUUAGGCGCAAAUUGUGGGAGAACUACGAAAUAAUUUAUGUAAUCUUCAAGAAUCCACUCACCCUUGAAUCCUCAACCCCCUACGAGUUGUCCUUCUUCAAUUGCGCCAAUGUGUGUUGCGUGAAUGAGAUUGUCCGUGAAACUGUUCGCAAGGAGGAGAUUACAUUUCACUUUGAGAAAUUCCAAGAUUUUGCUGCAAUUCCUGCUCUUCUCUAUCGAAUUCUUGCCUGAGUAUGUGCAGCAUCACCGCGUGAAAGAAAAUGAGAUAAAAUAAAAAAUUAUGUAUUGUAAAUAAUAUAUAUUGUGUGAUAAUGCUCUUGAGAUUUUGAGAUAUUAAUUCCUCUACGUAAUCCCGAUAAAUCAUUGUAUUUGAUGUACUUAAGAAUUAUAUAUAUGUAUGUACAUAAAACCCCUUAUGAAUUAAUAAAUAAAUUAUUUUAUUAAAUAAA